UCUCUCUUCAAAGCUUUUCUUCCUAUUAAUUCUCCCUAGGCCUAAGCUCUUUCCAUUUCUCUUUUUUCUUCUUCAUUCUACCAUGGUGGUUGGUUCUAUGCUCCACAUAAAUGGCAAGCCAACCGUCCAUUUUUCAUGCAAAUCAAAUCAUGAUCGUCCAUCAUACAUACCUAAGCCCACGGCGGUUAAAAUGACAACAAUUACUACUACUACUAUUACUACUGCUCCCUCUAUCCUUCAACCUUAUUGGGCUUCUUUGCAGGCCGACAUUGAAGCCCAUCUCAAACAUGUCAUGCCCUAUAAAGAUCCACUCGUGGUAUUCGAGCCCAUGCACCAUCUCGUCUUCUCGGCCCCUCGAACCACCGUGCCGGCUCUUUGCCUCGCCGCCGGCGAGCUUCUCAGUGGUGAUCGCCACCAAGCCAUGGCGGCGGCUUCUGCUUUGGUACUCCUCCUUGCAGCUAAUCACACACAUGAGCAAAUUCCAAGCAAGCCCAAGCCCAUGUCCAGGCCCAAAUCCAAUACUAUGAGUUUUCGGGCUUUUAGUCCUGGCAUUGAACUUAUGACAGGAGAUGGUCUAAUACCUUUUGGGUUCGAGUUGUUGUCUAGAUCCUGUGACUCGGUUCAAGAAAACUCGGACCGGGUCUUGCGCGUGAUCAUUGAGAUAUCACGCGCCGUGGGAUCAAAAGGACUGAUAGAUGCCCAAUACAAAAAAAAAUUAUUGAGUGAAUCGGACGGUGGGGAGUCAUGCCACGUGGAGAGAAUCAUGGACAUUAUGGAGAAAAAUGAGGGUGGGUUGCAUGCAUGUGGGGCUUCAUGUGGAGCAGUGUUGGGUGGUGGGAGUGAAGAGGAAAUUGAAAGGUUAAGAAAAUUUGGAUUUUAUGUUGGAAUGAUCCAAGGAAUGGUUAAUGAGGGAUUUUGGGAAGAAGUGGAAGUGGUAAAAGAUUUGGCAUUCAAGGAAUUGCAAUAUUUCAAGGAUAAUAAUAGAGAUGUUGAUGCAAUUUCUAGCUUCAUUAUUCAUGUUUAGAAAAAAAUGUAUAUAUAUUAUCUUAAUUGUAUUUUAGGUGGUGUUAUAAUUAUGCAAGAUGUAAGAUAUAUUAAGAUGUAUUUACUAUA